AUGAGUGCAAGUGGUGACGACGAAGAUGCUACGCUGGACUUCAGUGGACUCGACAUCAGUGAUGACAACGGAGGUCCAGCACAGUACCAGCAGACUGGAAAACGCAAGGACCGUUUGAGUGACGCCAACAGCAAGGAUGCCUACUCGCGUCCUGCUCAUCAUGGUGCUAGUCUCGAAGAAGCAAGUGCUCCUGAUCGCGCAUUUCGGCGCCAAGUGAAGAGUCGACCAGGCAUACAUGCUAGACCUGAUCUGUCAGAAGAAGAAGAAAAGGACAACCAUGAUGAUGAAGAUAGCGUCUCGACUCCUCCAAUGUUUUGGCGAGCAAGUGUCAACGCAGUUGAAGUGAGCGAUCUGUCAGAGCCAACGACAACUCAAGACGCGAUGAACGGACCCGACAAAGUUCACUGGCGUGAAGCAAUCAACGCAGAGCUCAAGUCGAUGCAACUUUGUGGAGUAUUUCGUGCGGCUGUAUUGCCAAAAGGACAACAAGAUAUUGGAACCAAGUGGGUGUUCAAGAUCAAGCAAAAAAGCGGACGCUUCAAUCGAGAAGUACAAGGCACGACUUGUGGCCAAGGGCUUCAAGCAGAAUACUUUGGCUGGCCUCUUGGCCAACUUGACGUGGUCACAGCUUUUCUCUAUGGUGUGACGAAAGAAACGGUGUACUGCGCGGUUCCAGAAGGCGUCGAAUUGGACGGAGACUUCAACUGCCUCGAGUUGGUGAAGACAAUCUACGGUCUCAAGCAAGCUUCUCGUGUAUGGAACGAGACCUUCGACGAGUUUGUUCGCUCCAUCGACUUUCAAGUUUCGGCCUAA